AUGGCAGCAAGCGACGCUACUACCACCCUGAAUGUGGCCUACCUGGGCCCUGAAGCCUCAUUUUCCCACCAAGCAGCCAUUGAGGUUUUUCGUACCUCACCAUCGUCUAGGCAUGUCGCCUCUUUACACCCACUCCCUUCCUUCUCGACCAUUUUCUCGGCAAUCCAAUCCACGGAAGCAUCUGAACAGAUUACGUGUUACGACUUUGCCGUUGUUCCCAUAGAAAACAGCACCAACGGGUCGGUUGUCCAGGUCUUUGACUUGCUGGCCCGCUGCGGCCACUACCCAAUUCUCUACCCGGACCUGGAAGUCUGUGCGGAAUAUUAUCUUCCUGUACAUCACUGCUUGUUCGUCUCGCCUCCUUCAGAACCGCCUCCGACUUCCUCCCGGCCCCCGGAACAGUUAGACGGGCAUAAGGAAGGGCUGAUCCAAGCGAUCCGGACAUUGUACACCCAUCCACAAGUCUGGGGCCAGUGUAACCGUUAUCUGUCCAAAUACUUCCCUCCUAACCUUGUGGAGCGAAUUGACGUGGGAAGCACCUCUGCCGCUGCUCAGCUGGUCGCUCGUGGAUCCCAAACCCACACCCAGAACAGCAAGCCCAAAGGAGUCGAGGGGCUCAGUGCUUCGAUCAGUCCGAUGCUCGCCGGCGAAAAACACAAGCUCCUCUGCUUGGCGGAGAAUAUUGAGGACGAGCCAGGCGCGAACACGACGAGAUUCCUCGUUGUGCGAAACCGGAAGCACCAGAGACUGUCUGAAGAAUUGCUGGCAACGUUAUUUCUGCAUAGUAACCCCAUUCCUGAUUUAAGAUACAAAUCCCUCAUAUCUUUCACCAUUCCGCACUCUCAGCCAGGCAGUCUGGCCGAUGCAUUGGCCGUCUUCAAACACUACGGUUUCAACCUGACGAGCAUUGACACCCGGCCCAGCAGGAUGCGGCACUGGCAAUAUGUGUUUUUUGUCGAAUGUGAGGAGGCCACCUCAGAGCAACGUAACCGUGCGGCCGCGAGCGUCCAUCUAGCUCGGAACGACGCACAGGACGUAUAUGAGGACGGCGGAGGCAGAACCAAUCUCAUGGAGAUGCUCGGAGAGUUGGGCACAUUCACCGAGACUUUGAGAUACCUGGGGAGAUUUGUGGACCGGCUGCCUAGAGAUCAGCGCGAAGGCGGAGUAAAGGGUUGA